AUGGCUCAGCUUGAGAUUCAGAAUCUGAAGAAGGAGAAAAAUCUCCUGAUCAUCACGAGUACGUAUGGUGACGGUGAGCCGCCCGAUAAUGCUGAGGCUCUCUAUGAGUAUCUCAUGGGCGACUCGGUAGAAUCGUUGGCGGGAGUGAAGUUCUCGGUCUUAGCAUUGGGGGAUACGGACCGCGAAUGGGCGGAGCGGGCUUAUGAGCUUGUGACCUGCGAUGUCGAAUUUGACGAGGCUUUUGAGCAGUGGAAAAAAGGGGUGAUGCAGGCCUUCGGCGGAAGUUCUUCGGUGGCAGUGGAAACGACUCCAGAAACUUUUGAAGGAUAUGGAAAGAAGAAUCCAUUCCCCUCGCCUGUGCUGAAAAACUAUAAUUUAAACGCUGAGGGCUCUGAGCGUGAGACGUAUCAUCUGGAGCUUUCUUUAGAAGGUUCGGAGCUGGAAUAUGAAGCUGGCGAUGCCUUGGGAGUGGUGCCGAUGAAUCCGGAGUCGGCCGUUGAUGAAUUGAUUUCUAAUUUACCAUUCAAGCCGACUGAGGAAGUUCCUCUGCCUGGCGGUGGUGAGGCGAGCCUGCGCGAGGCCUUGAUCACUUCGUAUGACAUUCGGAAUUUAACAAAGAGGUUUGUGGAGACUUGGCAGGCGAAAAAUAUCAGACGCAUGGCCGUGAGCGUGGGGGAGUAUGCUCGACACGGAGACCUUCCCGUGAUCAUGGUUGGCCCGGGGACGGGAAUCGCACCGUUCCGUGCCUUUAUUGAAGAGCGAGCGGCGACAGAAGCGAAGGGAAAAAAUUGGUUGUUCUUUGGGAAUCCACAUCGCGCUUCAGAUUAUCUCUAUGAGGAUGAGCUAGAGGCAUAUCAUGAGAAGGGCACGCUGGAUCGUUUGGAUUUGGCCUUUUCACGAGAUCAGGAACAUAAAGUUUAUGUGCAGGAUCUCAUGUUGAAGUCUGGUGCAGAGCUCUGGAAGUGGCUGGAAAUGGGGGCACAUUUUUACGUCUGUGGCGAUGCGUCGCGGAUGGCAAAAGAUGUGGACGCCGCCUUGCACCAAAUCGCUCAGGAGCACGGCAAGUUAAGCGAGGAAGACGCCACUGCGCACUUCAAAGAAAUGAAGAAGCAGAAGAAGUACGGGCGAGACGUGUAUUAA